CCCUCCUCUGCCAGGGGGGACCACCCCCUGCAAGAGGAAAGCUCCACCUCGCUCCCCUCCCCAGGUACGAGGCCAACUCCAGGGAUGGAUGGCACCGUUUUUAUAAAAUACUUUAUAUGAUUCUUACGAACUCUAACUUAUGCUAGGCUGUGAUGAUCAUAAUCAUACUAACUUUAAUAACAAUGUUCCAGGACUCUCCACCCCUACCUUCUCCUGCCCCCCAGAGCUCUCCUCCCCCUGCCUCUCCCUCAGCUCAGCUCAGUCUCUAGAGACACGACACUAAUCAGGCCAACCUCAUGAGUUACUUCCCCUGCCACGGCAUACUGUAUGCAUAGCACCUAAGCAUACAGGAGAUAAAAUAGGCUUAUACACAACUCAAUUCAAAGUAUUCAUCUUUAGAUAUACAUUUUGAAGAGCACUAUUCAUGACUAAAGUAACAGACAAUACAUAGUGAAUCACUAUCUACUGCAUUAAAUUUGAGACUGCUAAUGAGUAUGGUGCUGCUGUUUGACUGUGAUACCACUGAUAUGCAUUUCCUUGUGUGUGUCUGUGAGACGGAGAAUGAGGUUUUUGAGGAGAUCCGAAGGCUGUGUCUGGAAAGGGGGCGUCUGCUCCAGAAGAAUAAAGGACUGGAGCAGCAGCAGAACAGCGCACCCACUGCCUUGGAGGAGCUGACCCAGCUGAGAGAGUGUCUGGAACAGGCGGAGGCAGAGCGGGACAGGCUACAGACUGAGCUGGAGGAGCUGAAGGCAGGUCAGGUGAUCGGAGCCAGUGACUCAGAUGAUGACAUACUGGACUUCCUAUGUGUUGAGAAGCUGCUCUCCAGGCGCUCCAGAGAGUCUCCCUCUGCUCUGGACGAGGAGGAGGCAAACUCCCCGAACUCCACCUCUACUGGUCCUGCAGACCCAGACACUGUGGCUGAGCUAUGCAGACAGGUGGAUGAGCUGACCUCACAGAACCAGGAGCUGGUCCUCAAAGUGCAGCCCUGUAUGACUGACUCAGGAGGGAGUUUGAAGCUCUACAGGAGCGCUACUCCCAGGCCCAGGCUUCAUCUGAGGCCUCCAGCAUGGCGGGAGAGGGGUGACCCUGGUCUGCAGUGUGAGCAGCUGGCCAGGGAGAGGUCCGAGGCCAGCCUGAGACUGAACGAGGCCCAACUGGAGCUGGAGAGACUACGGCCAACCAGCCCCACACACUGUCAGGGAGAUGAGGAAGAGAGGUCGGAAGGGUCAGAGCCCUCCAUCACAUCAGAGUGCUCCCUGAGACGGGUGAGGGAGGAACUGGAGGUGGCUAGGCAGGAAGCAGCUCAAGCUCCGGACUGUCUGUGUGCGGAGCGUGAGGGUUGGUCUCAGGACACCCUCCACCUGAGACAUGCAGUACCCCUGUCCCAACACACAGAGGUGUUGACGGCUCUGUCGGAGCAGCUGGCCCAGACAGCCCAGGAACUGCAGGCGGAGAUGCCACGCCCAGACAGAGACGGCCAGGCUGGAUGCCCAACUACAGGACCUUAUACCCUGGGAGGAGCAUGA